AUGAUAUUGAUACAGAACACGGCUAUAAGAAUCAUUAUAAAUCAUGUGAAUUCUUACAAUGUGCGUGCUUUACCAAUAGUCUUUCCCAAAACCCAGGCUAGAAAAGGAGACAUGGGCGCGAUUCCCAAGGCCCUGCUGUUGUGGGCGGCCGUGCUGCUGUGGUGCGGGCGCGCGCUGGCGCAGAGCGAGGCGGUGGAGGUGCAGCUUCGCCAGGGCCGCAUCUCCGGCGUGAGGGAGGAGGCCCUCGGGAGAUCCUUUUACGGUUUCAGGGGCAUCCCUUACGCCCAGCCUCCGGUGGGGGAGCUCAGGCUUCAGGACCCCGUCGCUGCAGAGGCGUGGGAGGGGGUGAGGGACGGGUCGGUGGCGCCCCCCCUGUGUCCUCAGCUGACGGCAGUCGACGGGGAAACAGCUGUGGCCGGCCAGGAGGACUGCCUCUACCUUAGCGUCUACACGUCUAGGCCAUACCCCUCCGACAUGCCCGUGAUGGUGCUGAUCCACGGGGGGGGUUUCCUCGUAGGGGGGUCAGAGGAGCAGUAUCCCCCCAUGCCUCUGCUGAAGAGGGACGUGGUGCUCGUCGUUCUGCAGUACCGCCUGGGCACCUUAGGAUUCCUCUCAACGGAAGACGCGGUGAUGCCAGGGAACCUCGGCCUCAAGGACCAGACGCUGGGCCUCCGCUGGGUCAAGGAGAACAUCCGUGCCCUCGGCGGCGACCCCUUUCGCGUGACCUUGUUUGGGCAGGGGGCGGGGUCGGCGGCGGCACACAUGCAGGUCCUCAGUCCUCAUGCCGCCGGCUUGUUCAACCGAGUAAUUCUCCAGUCCGGCAACGCACUCAGUCCUUGGGCGCUGAGGUGCGACCACAGAAAAAAUGCUGCUGUGAUAGGCGAGGCUUUCGACUGCCCAGGUGUGAACUCCUCCUCACCCCUUGACUUGAACAGCACCGCACUGCUAGACUGCCUUCGAGAACUCCCCUUUGAACAGCUGGCGGUCAUCCCUUCGGCUUUUGUGGUCAAAGGACUUCCCGUCUAUUACAUAAUGACGGGCAUUAAAAGUUAA